AUGAGCCUUUCACCUUCUGAGGACCUUAGUGCCUUGCGGAAGGAUCUCGAAGCUCUACAAGAUCGUGUCUCGGUUUUGGAAGCCCAGGCUCGUUCAAGCCGUGAUAGCACUCCCUCGACCGUCGUUCCAGUGACGGUCAACUAUACCCAAUCUGGUCCGGCCGAUUCCGCUCCCUCGGUGAGUGUCUUGGGUCCGACUCAGUUGCCUGAGGCACCCACUCCAGGUCUGACGCCUGGUGGCCGCAUUACUGCAAGCCAGUACACUGAGGAGUACCGCCGUUCGAUCGCUCAGGACAUCGGGGACUACUUUCGCCGGUGCCUGUCUGGCACCAACCGAGGACCAUCCGGGCGCCAGCAGAUCUCUUUGCCUUCCAAGGUUUACAUCCUGGUGCGCGAGCUGGAUGGCUUGCCCCUGUCUCCGGCCGAUGUGCUGAGGCAGUGUGCUGUGCUGUCGAGUGAGUCCGGGCAGCUUGAACCGGAGUAUCCUUUGGGGUUCUGCGAAGUCACAACCUCCACUGGUGAAUCUGAGCGAGUUGCUGUAAUUUGUAUGGGAGAGAUGGGAGGUGCUUUUUUGGUGGUCACGCCGCACUCAGCGGGGCACCGACAGGUCGCCAAGCGUCAGCUCCCUAGCACGUUUUUGUCUAAGCCCACAAGUGCAGAAGUUCUUUUUGCUCCAUCCCGAGACCCUGGAGCUCAUACGGUGAAUUCAAAAGUAUGGUUUGGAUGGCUCUCCAAGGACUAUGAGAGCCAUAUUUCCUUUGACACAGCCAGUGGACCUGCACUGACCGUUUUGUUUGAUGAAGAUGAAUUGAUGCUACCCUUGGCCUCGAGCCUAGCUCUAGCUGCCGAGCGCUUGUUUGGAUUGCGAGCUGCGCCUAGCUCCUUUGAGAGCGUGCCUGCCGAAGACACUCAGGUGCUCGGCCAACGGGUGGCUGCUCUAGAAAAUCACCUCUCAGGCAUCAAAGAACAGCUCGAGAUUUUGAUUGGGCAAAACACUCAUCCGAGGACCAGUGGGUCUCCUGCCACUCAGAAAGCCGAAGGUGCAAGGCCAAAGAGCAGUGCUGCACCGCCUCGAGCUUCACAGUUUCUUGGCUUGGAUCCCACCGUGGCUCAGGCAGCCUUGGCGGCUGGCAUUCCGGCCACUCAGUUGGAGGAGAUGUCCAAACUGGCUCUAGCUGGCAAACCGCGUCUCCCUGAUCUUCCCAAAGCCCCGAUGCCGAAGAGGAAGGAUCCGUUGGACGAGAGCGAAGAUGAUGCCGUCGGUGAGUCCGCUGUGGAAGUCACAAAGGAGACAUCACUCGAAGCUUUGCUCGACGGCUCUGGCUAUCCCGGCUCGUCCGAGUCUGCUGGAGUUCCAUCGGCUCGCAAGAACGCAGCGGCCCUCAGGGCAUUGAAGAAGACGCUGAGUUCAGACCUCGAGCAAAUCUCCCGAGUGAUCGAGCGCAACAUGGAGGCAGAUUUCAACCUACGCCGAUCGGGCGUGCCAGGAGCUCCAGUGGUCCCUGUCAGCGCCCGUGCUUGGCUGGAGGCCCGGUCGAGAGUCCAGAAUUUCCGCACCCCCGUUACCUUCCUUUGGGGGGUAGCAGGGAUCUUGGAUGCCCUGCGAGAUCAGAAACCAGAAGAAGCACGGGCGCGCGCCGGCCUUCUUCUUUGCCAGGGCGACCAGCUUUCGAUCGACCGGGGCAGUUGGAUUGUUGCAGCUUCCAUGUCGCUCGAGGAUCCACCUCCGUUUGCAGUGUUUGCCACCCAUACGUUGCCGGCCGAGACAGAGAGUCAGGUGACAAAGUUGAUCGAUUCUCGCUGGGUAGAUCUUUUUCUGCACCACCUCAGCGAGAUCGACCAGUUGGCGGAGAAGAAGAAAAAGCUGACUUUCAAGAAGACGCCUCUCGAUCCACCUCCCGACGGCACUGCUUCGCCCAAGCGGAAAGGCAAAGGAAAAGGGUCUGGAUCAGCCGGCUCUGGCAAAGAUGCCGGCAGGGAGAAGGAAAAGGAGGCGGCCCAUCCGGUUGCGAGUGAGCCUGUGCCCGGUUCUUCUAUGUCAGAGCAGGGUGCCCUCCUGGGCGCCACUGCUUUAUUGGGUCCGGGACGCUUGCUGCCCGACUUGAGGUCGCAGGACCUUGCUGCUGAUGCCUACCCGCCGCGAGGUGAAGUGCGCGCCGGCGCUUUGUUGCGCCAAACCCAUUCGUCAGUCAAAGGUCCACCGAGUGAGAUCGCAGAGGAAGCCAAGCCCACCGUUCCAGCUGAGGCCGAAAAGAAGCCUGAGCACCGGGCACCUGGAGCUUCCGCGAGUACAGUGAAUGCAAGAGGUUUGUGGAAUUCAUUGCUCCGUUGGGUGCUGAGGUCUCCAUGUGGCACCCUACGUACUUUUUUGCACACCGCUCUCCAUAGUCCAGCUCCUGAAGGAGACCUUCAUGACCCUAGGCCGGAGUGGCCUAUUCCGCUGCCUUACCCUGCUCUGCUAGCUGGAGCUCGUGAGGCGACGGAGGAUGAUGCUUGGCGAAGGUGCGCCAACAUGAUGGUUCUUAUUUUGAACUGGAUUCAUAUGGGACAACCGGCGAUCUGGCCUCGGAAGUUCAGUAUUUUUUCCUCUUUGACUCCGUCUCAACUGGUUCUGGUGACACGUUUGAAGCAUCUAGCUGGUGAAUGGCUGAAGUUCAAAGACAUUACAGCAGAGUCCAUGGGGCGCACUGCAGGCAAGGUUGAGAGUCUAGAAGCACUGGUCCACCGCUUGGAGACAUCUGCGGUUGCUUUCGUUCCAAAGUCAGGGUCUGGUAAUGGACCCGUGCAUCGAGCGGCAGCGGGCGAGGAUACUGCGGUCCAAGUGGAAGACAUCCAAGCCGCGAAGGCCGUCGAAGCUGGACGCUUGAGUUUCAAGGGGCGCCCGGCUUUCGACCCUACGCCCUACCUAGAAGAACCGGCCAGAUCUCUCUACCAAGAUCCUUUGAAGUUUGCCGUGCCUCCCUCCGAGUGCUUUGAGGAGAUUCCGACCGUGAAGGUCAGAGGAGAUCGAAAAGAGAUCCUGGGACUUCUCUCCUCCCUUGACAGCACCGGCAGGCUUGCUUUGUUCUCUCCGGAUGAGCUCCGGAUGGACUUCCGAGCAGGAGUAUUUGCAUUGAUGAAAAACCUCACCGCAGAUCGUUUGAUUUUGGAUUGCCGUCCCGCCAAUGCCCUUGAACCUGGAUUGAAUCAGUGGACUCAGACUAUGGGGUCUCUUACCCCCAUCCUUGGUAUGCGCAUUCCCCCCGACCACAAGGUUGUAGCUGCAGGAGAAGAUCUAAAAGACUACUACUACUAUAUCAUUUCGGAGAGUCGAGCUAAGCGCAACUCACUCGCCUUCCAGCUCUCCCGUGCAGAGGCCAAGCGCUUUCGAGGCGCGUAUCGCUGGGCAGAUCGACAGGCUCGUAUUUUGAUCCCUGCGCUGAAAACUAUGGCUAUGGGAGACCUUAAUGCCGUAGAGUUCGGCCAGCAAGCACACGUCAAGCUUGGAUUGUUGCAUGGGUUGGUGGGUAUGCGAGAUUUACUCACGCUGCGGGGGAGGUUCCCUCGCCAGAGCUGGGCAGUGGGCUAUGUGAUAGAUGACUUCAUCGUCCUGGAAGCUGUCCCAAAAAGUUCUGUUCCUGCCCCUUUAUUUUCUUCAAGAUUGGCCGACGCUAUGGUUGACGUAUACUCGCAUGUCGGUCUGGUCGCGAACGAUUCGAAGAGGUUCCGGGCGGAAGAGCACCCUCAAUUUUGGGGCAUUAGCAUCGACGGAAAUUCAGGACUGGUCAGAGCCCUUUUGGAUCGCACAAUCCCUCUGAGCUUUGUCACUGCAAGAGUCGCUCGUACAGGCGCAGCGUCCCGCCACUUGCUCGAGAUCAUUGCCGGUUCCUGGACAGCCAUUAUUGCUGCUCGGAAGCGCUGCAUGUGCCUUUUACAGCAGAUUUUUGUAGAGAUUCAAGCUCAUGAGUAUGGUGUUGUCUUUCGGAUCUCACCCCAAUUGGUUGCAGAGCUUUGGACAUUAGUCGUAUUGGCGCCUCUCAUGUGUUCCGAUUUGACCGCCCCCACGUCGACGACUUUGUACGCAGUCGAUGCAUCAGAUCAACGCAUCGCUGGGGUUGUCACUGAACUUACCGCUCCUUUUGCCAAAGAGCUGUCGCGACAUACGAUGACUCGAGCAGCUUGGUCACGUCUUCUGUCACCCUGGAAGAGCCACCAACGCCGCCUAGGCCGCCUGGACCCAGCAGACGAAGUGCCGGAGGGUGAAGCUCCUGCUCAGGCUCAUUUGCUGUGGGUGCAGUUAAUGCGAUCGUGUCAGUUUUACCCAAUGUUCUGCGAUCGAGCCGCUAGGUCUGAGCACAUCAAUGUUAGUGAAAUGAGGGGUUUAUUGAAGGCCGAAGCACACCAUUCUUCCGAGCAACCCAGCACCCGUUGCAAUAUCGGAACUGACUCGCAGGUUUGUUUAGAGGCCGUUGUCAAAGGCAGAGCAUCCUCGGUGGUGCUGAACAAGAUGCUCCGGAGACACCUUCCAGUUUUGCUUUGUGGGAAUUUGUACCCUGGGCACCAAUAUUUACCAUCGAGUGACAACCCCGCUGAUGACCCUACUCGAGAUAAGGAGCUCCGUGAACCUGUUGAAACCGCUCCGAAAUGGCUGGUUGAAGCUUUUGAAGGUGACUUUCGAUCGCUAGAUGAUAUGCUCAAAGCCAGCUCAGCUGAUGAAGCCACUCUUGCUCGCCUCCCCGAAUUUGAAGACUCUGCCAUACCGCCAGAUUGGUUGCGGUCCGACCGACAGCUGCUCCGACGGGAUUAUCGAAAUAGGCACUGCUCUGCCGAACACCGCACCGCAGUGACUGGCUUGCCGAAUAACCCCGCUCCAGACUUGUGGAAGACUGAGGAUCAGGUCAAGCUGCACCCCGCAGCCGAGCAGCUCCUCCGCAAGCUCCCCGAGAGUUAUUUUGUUUUUCCCAAGAGCUGGAAUAGGAAGCAGCGACGCACUUCGCUGAGCUUCACUGGUGCCUUGGACCUUUUUUCAGGCAGUCGAGGGCUCGCAAAAUCCCUCGCCCGACACACUCAAAAUUGGGUCCUCACUUAUGAUAUUGCGCAUGACCCACGGCAGGACCUGUUGGACCCAUCUGUCCAAGCCGAGUUAGAUGCUCUUGUUCAGCGGAAGUGUUUUCGCCUCCUGUCCGCAGGCCCGGUUUGUUCGAGCUUUUCCCGGGCUGUACGCCCGCCAGUCAGAAGCAGACAAUUCCCACGAGGCCUAGAAUGCCUGUCUAGUAACAUGCAACGGAAGGUAGCAGAGGGAAAUGCUUUUUCUAGUUGGCUUGCCGCUUUGAUCAAAGCUGCAUGUUCACAAGGCUGCAUUUUUCUAGUUGAGAACCCUUGGAUGUCUUUUCUUUGGGACCAGCCGGAAUGGCAGGACAUUGCUGAUUCCCCUGGGAGCUCCUUUUUCGUGACCGAUUUUUGUGUUUGGGGAACUCCCUGGCGCAAGAGGACGAAGUUUUUGACAAACACUUCUUUCCAACCAUGCAAGUUGUUUUGCCGUUGCGGCAGUUCGCAUGAGCACCUCAGACUGAGCGGCUAUUCGAGAAAGCACCGGAAGCCCUGGACCAAGGUUGCUGAGGCAUAUCCUGCAAAAUUAUGCGGUGCCCUGGCCUUAGUCUUAGCAAACCAGCUGCUGCCUCCCUCGAGGCAAAGGAAACUGGACUUGGCCGCUUGUGCUCAUGUUAACUCCCGAGUGGGGGAAGCCUCGAAGCCAGGGCCGAGGCCGCGACGUCCUCGGCCCGCUGUAGAUCUGGAGGAAGUUCAGUUGGUCACUGCUCACACUUCGUUCAUCCAGCAGAAAGCCCGAGCCCUUUUUGCGGCUUGGCUGGCUACUGAACUGAGUGAAGCAACUUGGCGAAAUUUAGAAGAUCUACCUGAGCUUUGUGUGAUUUUCUUACGAGCUUUUGGACGGCAUCUUUUUGCAUCCUCACAGCCCUUGUACCUUUUUCGUCACCUAGUUGUUUAUUUCCAACGGAACUAUCCAGUUUUUCCUGCUCCCUUGUCCGAAGCAUGGGACCUGAUUGCAAGAUGGGAAAGGAUUCAACCGGUAGAGCACAGGACUCCGAUGCCCAAACUCAUUUUUGAUGCUGUAGUUUCGCUUGCUUAUCUUUGGGGUUGGUACCGGUUCGCUGCAGUGACGUUGUUAGCAUUUCAUGGCAAACUUCGCAUAAGUGAGCCUCUUAAAGCCGCUCGUAAAGAUUUGUUGUUGCCUGCUGAAACUGGUGUCGGCCUUGAUGCAGCUUUCCUGAAUAUUGAGAAGUCGAAGACUAGCUUUCGUGGCAAGGGCAUCGUCCAGCAUACUAAGAUUACUGACGGCAACGCGCUAGCUGCUGCUGAUCGGAUCUUGAAGACUCUCUCGCCAGAGGAGAGGUUAUAUGCUGGAACACCAAGCACUUACCGACGUCGAUGGGAUGCCUUGCUGCGAUCUCUACAGAUCGACAAGAGUUGGCAGUUGACACCAGGGACACUCCGAUCCGGAGGGGCUAUAUACGCCUACCACUCAGGCGUCCCUGUCACGGAGAUUCUUUGGUUGAUGCGUUUGAAGAAUCUGACAACUUUGGAAAGCUACUUGCAAAGUACUGCUGCUAUGAACAUAAUGUUAAAGCUCCCUGAUUCAGUUCGAGGCCGAAUUCAAGUUUUAGCUCAGACGCUCCCUCACCUAGUGCGCCACUCUCCCAGCAGCGCUCAGGCACAACUCUACAGACGCGCAGUCUUGUAG